AGGAAACAAUUGAGUAAAUAAAUACCGAGUACUUCCGGCCGGGUUUCCCCGCCGGAAUCCCAUUUUGCCCCUUCGGUCUCCAACUCCGAAGUCGUUCGGGUGCUUCCUUCCUUACGAGGAUGGCGGCCGAGUUGAAUGAUUCCUCCACCGCCGCUCCAGCCGGCACUCUGCAGUCCAUCUGCUACGAGCGGGGGUCCCUUCGCCUCCUUGAUCAGACAAGGCUUCCCCUUGAAACCGUAUAUUUGGAUAUCAAGGAUUCUACUGACGGAUGGAAUGCAAUAAGGGAUAUGGUGGUCCGUGGUGCACCAGCAAUUGCAAUAGCGGCUGCACUUUCCCUAGCAGUUGAAAUUUUUAACCUUGCCUUUAGCGGGACACCAGAAGAUGCUGCUUCUUUCAUCUUCAAGAAAUUAGAAUACCUUGUCUCUAGCCGACCAACUGCUGUGAAUCUUUCUGAUGCUGCAGAAAAGCUUCGAAGCCUCAUAUCAAAGACAGCAGAGACAGCUGAUAAAGCAGAUACUAUUUUUCAGGCUUAUAUUGAUGCUGCUGAAACUAUGCUUGUUGACGAUGUUGCUGCUAAUGAAGCAAUUGGGUUCCAUGGAGCUAGUCAUCUCCGAUCACACCUAGAAAACUUGCAGAAAAUUUCUGUUUUAACACAUUGUAAUACAGGAAGUCUUGCUACUGCUGGAUAUGGGACUGCGCUGGGUGUUAUCCGUGCCCUUCAGACUGAAGGAUGGUUAAAAAAAGCCUUCUGCACUGAAACACGACCUUUCAACCAGGGUUCCAGGCUCACUGCCUUUGAACUUGUUCAUGAGCAGAUACCUGCAACUUUGAUUGCUGACUCUGCUGCGGCAGCUUUAAUGAAAGCUGGCCGUGUGAAUGCAGUUGUUGUUGGUGCUGAUCGUAUUGCUGCAAACGGUGAUACUGCCAACAAAAUUGGGACCUAUAGUCUUGCUCUUUCGGCAUAUCACCAUGGGAUACAAUUCUAUGUUGCAGCUCCAAUAACUUCAAUUGAUCUCUCAAUUUCUUCUGGAGAACAAAUAGUUAUAGAAGAAAGGUCAGAAAAGGAGUUGUUGCAUUCCGACGGAGGACGAGGAAAGCAAGUUGCUGCCUCUGGGAUUUCAGUUUGGAAUCCAGCCUUUGAUGUUACUCCAGCAAGACUUAUAACCGCCAUUAUUACCGAAAAGGGUGUCAUCAGAAAGUCUAGUGAAGAUGCUUUUGAUAUUCAAGGUUUCAUAGAAAAUGCAAAGUGAGUGGUUCUAGUCUUGGUUUUAUACAUCAACCAAUGUAGUGUAAACCUAUUCCUUCGCUUGCUUACUGUAUGUUUGUUUUUCUCAUGGUGUGAUCAAAUAAAUAAACGAGUUAGAAAUUUGAUGUUUGUUCACUUUUUUUCUAGUUGUUUGGUCUGUAGAAAUCUAUGGCUGAUAAUAAUCACCGUUAGCUACAAACUUAUGUAAUGAAAUAUGAGAUUAAAGGAAUGUGGAGGGUUGAACUGGUA